AUGUCAAGCUUUCCAUACAAGUUGCAUCAACUGCUCACCGACAUUGAAGACAAUGAAGAGCUUUCCAGCAUCAUCUCAUGGCUUCCUAGCGGCGUUGGAUUCCGCAUCCAUAAGCCCGUGGUCUUUGAAACCUUUCUCCUCACAAAGUACUUUCCACGACAGAGCAAGCUCAAGUCCUUCAAACGCCAAGUGCAAUACUAUGGCUUUGACAACCUCGGAAGAGGCAGCUACUCUCACCCCUCCUUUGUGCGUGGAAAGCGCAGUCUCUGUGGCAAGAUUAUCCACAAGUUGCCCAUGAAGAACAUUGGUACCAAGUCAGCUAUGGCUGCCAAGAAGGCUGCUAGCUGUACCGGCAGUGACAGCCGAUCAGCGUCUCCUUUAUCGCCUUCUGCCAUGGCAAUGAAGGCGUUUUCUAUGCCAGUGCUCUCCAACAACCUUCCCAUGCUGAAUCCACAGGCUUUUACCUUGUCAGCACAAGCAAGCAUUCCCACGAACAACAAGGGAUCCAAUAGCAAUCGUGUCUUGCAAAUGUUUGCUGCUUCUCAACAGCAACAACAACAACAACAACAACAAGACUCAUUUUUCAUGACCAAUUACUUGGACCAACUCAAGCAAAACCAACUCCAACAACAAGACUUGCACAAUCAAGCAAUGCAACAAUACUUGAGGAUUCUAUUGACACGCUAA